UCUUGAUAACUUUAAUGAAAAUUUUGAAAAUCUUAUGAAAUCUCAAGAAUCUCAUGGAGAUCUUAUUAAUGUUACUUUGGCCAAAAAAGCUCCCCGAAUAGAUGAACCAAAAAAUUCAAUAGUAGGAAAUAUUAACCUUGAACACAAAGUAAUGAAGCGAAAAUAA